GAGAGAGAGAAAAAAAAGCAUCAAACGCAACCUUGCGUUUUCUGUUGCGUUUUCUGGGUUUGCACCUCUUGUUAAAAUUGAAAGAAUCAGGUCAUCCAUUUUUUGCCCGACAAAAUUUUAAAGUGUAACCCACCAGAAAUCCUAGACAUAAGAAAUCCUCAUCGCUUUAGAUUUGGUCAUAUUUGAUAUGAAUACUCUGUGCCAGAAGCAUAGUCUAAUCCCUGUUUUGAUUUCUGUGUCGUUGUUGUUAUGGACUCGGGUCGAGUCGAUCCGGUUCGAUUUGGAGUCGGGCCACACCAAAUGCAUAUCGGAGGACAUCAAGAGCAAUUCUAUGACUGUUGGGAAGUACCAUAUCGUAAACCCUAAUGAAGGGCACCCUCUGCCUGACUCUCAUAAAAUCACUGUCCGGGUGACAUCUUCAUAUGGAAAUAGCUAUCACAAUUCGGAUCAUGUGAGUGAGGGACAUUUCGCAUUCCAAACAGUCGAGGCUGGUGACUACAUGGCUUGCUUUUUUGCGUCUGAUCACAAACCUGCGACUACCUUGACCAUUGACUUCGAUUGGAAAUCGGGUGUUGCUUCCAAGGACUGGACAAAUGUUGCCAAAAAGGGUUCUGUUGAAUUAAUGGAACUAGAGCUGAAGAAAAUGUUCGAUACAGUACAAUCCAUUCACGACGAGAUGUUCUAUCUUCGUGAAAGAGAGGAGGAGAUGCAGGAACUAAACCGGUCUACUAACUCCAAAAUGUUUUGGUUCAGUUUUCUAUCUAUUCUCGUUUGCCUCUCGGUUGCGGGACUUCAACUAUGGCAUUUGAAGUCCUUCUUUGAGAAGAAGAAGCUUAUUUAAGGGGGAAAAUGUAGUUCUCUAACCGAUUUAUGGGAUUUUCCUUUUUAAGUUAUGUGUACAAUUAUAUAGAGAAGAAGUGGAUUACAGUUGUUGAUUCAUUUGGACUUGAAACCGUGAAUCAAAGCUGUAAUUGAUAGUUCAUCUUUUCNUCUUUCUUUUUUCUCUUGAUUCUUUUCCG